UGUUAUUCGUGUAUUGCAUUGCAUCCCUAGCAAGUGGUGAGCAGUUGCGUCGUACGUAGCAUCAAUCAAAAUCUACCGAGCUGGACUCCCUCAAAUAGCCUCAAAGAUGAAGGCAGCGGAUGAGCCUGCCUACCUGACCGUGGGGACGGACGUGAGUGCUAAGUACAGAGGAGCCUUCUGCGAGGCCAAGAUCAAGACUGUUAAACGUAUGGUGAAGGUGAAGGUGACAUUGAAAGGAGAGUCCACCUCGCAGGUUGUCCAGGACGACCAGGUUAAAGGGCCGUUGAGGGUGGGCUCCACAGUGGAGGUGAAGACCACAGAGGGCGUCUCCAGCGAGGCAGUUAUCGGUAAACUCACAGAUGCCAGCUGGUACACCGUGGUGUUUGAUGAUGGGGAUGAGAAGACACUGCGGAGGACCUCCCUGUGCCUGAAGGGGGAGAGACACUUUGCAGAGAGCGAGACGUUGGACCAACUGCCGCUAACCAACCCUGAACAUUUUGGAACCCCCGUCAUCGGGAAGAAGUCGAAUCGCGGAGGCAGACGGUUGUCGCAGGCUGUAGCGGAUGAUGAGAAAGAGUCUUCCUCCAGCGAGGAGGAGGAAGACGACAAGAGGAGGCUCAACGACGGCCUGCUAGGAAAAGUGACCAGCGUCCAGAUUGGCUCUGACAGGACUUCCUGGUACAUAGCCCUGGUUGUGUCUCCCAGCUGCAAUGAUGACCUCGCUGUCAAAAAGGACCAAUGUUUAGUGAGAUCCUUUGCAGACUCCAAAUUUGUUACUGUUGCAAGAAAGGACAUCCAUGAAGUAAACCUGGACAGCAUCAGCAAGCAAGAGUUUUCCACCAGGAAAGGGUUGGAAGGGGCUCAGAGUUUCCUGCAGACCAGGCUGGUGCCAGAGAGCUGGAAGAUGGACAUGAGUGAGAUCCUGGAUUCCUCCAGCAGCGAUGAGGAGGACGCGGAGGGCAAGGAGAGCGAGGAAGAGGAGGAGGAGGAGGAAGAGGAGGAGCAGCAUCAAGAGGAGGAGGAGAAAAAGAAGAAGAAAGCAGUGAAAGAGGAGGUAAGACCCAACUACAGUUUAUGUGAAGAGUCUCCCAAAACGUGGCAGCACUGAUCGUUGUCUUGGAAGUUGACUUCCUGUUGGCUACUGUUUGCGGUCUCGAGUGUUGGCCAGCCUUGAUUACGUUUUGUUUGUAGCUGACGUUUAGAUGAGUUGGGGGUGGAUCUAACUGUUUCACACCACUGUAAUAAUGUUAGCAGCAGUGCUACUAUAAAUCUACUUGUUAUGCCUGGAGAGCUAGUGUCAUCCUCACUGUUGACUCUGUGAAAACAGGAAGUGGAAGCGGUCUUCACUUUAUCUUAAAGGGAUAUUGCGCUGUAAAAUCCCAUUAUCUUGCUACAGUUGAAAAGAGAGAGUGCCUUUAAUCAGUCAGGGGCUUAAAUGUCAGAAAGCUCUGUUGUGUUGGCCUACUCCAGUGCCCAGUGUUAGUUAAAGGGGACAGUUCAACCCCAAAUCUCAAAUUCAUAUUACUCAACGGGUAUAGUUCGGUAGCCUGGCUCUGCCCUCCUACGUACUUCCGCUCAAUUUAAAUUUUGCUUCUGUACUAGGUCUGGCCAUGAGGUACGUAAGUCAAAUGUCUCCGGUAAAUUUUCUACCGGCCAAUCAGCGAACAGAGAGAGUGGCUGAGAACAAUGACGUUGAUGUUGUGCGCUAGUUUCUGUAGUGCCGUAAUUCGGUCGCAUUCGGUCCGUUGUUGCAACACUGCCGAAUAUCCAUAAGCUAAAGCCGGAGCAAGAACAAGUUUUGCUGAGUUUUGUUGGU